AUAUAUUUCAUAUAUAUAUAUACACCAGUACAGAUUAUUUUCUGAGUUAAUUCAGAAUUUCAUGUCUUUUUUUUAACGAACUAGCGUUUUUACAUCGACAGCCACUGAAUGUGACGUAAUAUUCUGCAGCCUGACUCGCUUGACAAAUUCAAAAGUACUGGCGGUAUGGAAUCGGUCGUUACAUUUUAAUUCAUUUAACAUUAGUACAGUAUUUUAUUUUAAAUAUUAAGUUAAUUAAUUAUAACGAUCGAACAAUUUGGUUUCGUUUUGUUGAAACCACAUGCUUGGUUUACUGGAUGUUGAUUUGCUGCUCAAAUUUGUGAAACGUUUACUGUACACUAUUCCAAGGGAAACUGUUUCGCCGUGUUGACUUCAAUGGCUCCUCUCAAAUUUGUUAUAAAGUGUGGGAACUUUGCUGUGCUGGUGGAUCUCCACGUCCUGCCCCUGGGCGGCCAAGAGGACGCCAGCUGGUUUACUACAAGCUACAUAGAGGAAGUUACAACUCUGGUUCGCGAUGCUGUGGAUCAAAGAGUUAAGCUCUACACAGAGUCCUUUCUUCACAGAAAACAGCCAAAACACAGAAAGGAGCUGGCACCUGCUUCCACAUUUAUCGUUAAAGGGAAAAACUUCAACUUGGUCGCCAAUUUUCUGAAUCGUCACUUUAACCUCCGAUGUAUUGUGAAGCAGCUCCCUGGUGAGUUGCGUGUGUUUCCUGAGCGCUACGUGGUGUGCGUAAGUCGUCCAGAGGAUGCUGCAGUGCACUAUGGAAAACUGAGCCCAACCACAACCGAGCUGAGCGAACAAAGCAGAUCAGAAUAUUUUUCCAGAGAGGGAGAAAUCCAAGAGUCUUUCAACUGCGCCACAAAAAUAAAGAAGACUAUGCUUCAAAAGAUAGCCAAGAAAGCGAGUGUCCAGCAAGAGCACUGGGGUCCCAGUGUGGGGGAGCAGCAAACUGAGCAAAGAGCCUGUGUCGAGAAAGCUGAGGAGUCAGAAAGAAGACCCAAAGAAAGUGAGUCCAACCCUCCAAACACAGAGCAGCAAGUACCAUUCUCCAAAGCCGCCUCUCAGAACGAGGGCUUCCCCUAUCAGCAGCAGCCUUCUAAUUGUCCUCCAGAAAGCAUCAACCCAAAUUUGGCCUCAGUAGGCGUCUGCCUGCAUGAAAUCAGUCCGGGAACCAGGCAGAGCAAGAGGUCUAAGACCAGCGAUGCAGGAGAAGACCCUCGCCCAAAGAAGGCCAAGAGGACAGGCCUCAAGAGACCUCCGGCGGCAGUGCAAACUCACUCUAGCGAGUGCUUCACACAAAUAUCCAAACAGGACCCUCUUCCUCUGCCGCCCCUUCCUGCAGACGAAACGAAGGCAGAGUCCACGGCUUUCCCAGUCUCCGAGCACAAGAAAACCACAGUGGAAGUAGAGCUGCUUACUCCAGGGAAACGGGACCAGAGGCUCCCCCUCAUAAGCAAUAACACAGCACAGACAAACCAAAACAGGCUGGCCACAAGUCUGAGGGGCCUAUCUGUCAAGCUUGCAUCCUCAGUCUCCUCUAUUGGUUCCAGAUCCACAGACGGAGAGGAGGGAAGUAAAAAUGUGCCCAGAACCUCGAGAUUACGGCGACAGAAGAGGUCCUGAGGGGGACAGACGAGCUACAGUAAAGAUGCCUGACGCCAUAGAGAUAGAAAUGAAAUUGUGUCAGGCAGUCAACCCCCUCCCCCCUGCGUUCGUACACCCACACGGCCUUUUACUACAAUUACUAUUCUUUUCACACAAAGCCACACAUGCAGAUCCAAUGCAGAACACAUAAUUGAUACAUGAACGUUUUGAGUUAUGCUUUGUCAAAUACUUGAAACAGACUUCGCCUCCACCCAUAAGUAGUGGUGGUCAAGAGAGGCUCGCAAAUGAAAGUCAAAAACCCUUAAUUGGAGUUUAGACUCGGGUUUUGUGUUAAAGAUCGGGGAUUUCAGACAGGCAGGAGCCAUGCAGUACGUCAUGGCUUUCAGUCUGAAAUACUGGCUCCUACGUGUCUGAAAAGUGUCCACUUUCUCCGCCGAAGCUCUGGUGUGAUUGAUUGCUGUUUCCAGAUUUACUUCAUCUGCUUGUGUUUUGAGUUUUCAUUCAUCCAUCGUUCUCAUUCAUACACAACUGAGUGAACUAAACAGCACCAGUCUUCCCUCCUGGCCUGAGUCUAGUAGAUAUGGUGAUGGAAUUUGACUUAAAUUGAUUGAAGAUGGGAAAGGUAAUGCUAAUCAUUUUCACGGAAUAUAUUGCUUUAAGCAACGUUGGCCACCGCCUCGUACUUCUCACAGACGACGUCAUUUUGUUUGAAACGUGGGACCAAGUUCCACGCCGCGUUCUUUCCUUUCCUUCCACACGCUGCAGUGCACAGCAUGCGAUGCGCGCAACUGAAAUAUGGGCGGUUUUAUUUGGAACGAGCAGAGCAUGUUGACACCCCCGCGCCAUCAAGAGAUGCGCGGUCUUCGCCGGCCGAGCAUCUGUCAGGUUUUCAUCAGCACGUUGGCCAUAAUCCUUGCUGAGUGCAGUGCAGUGCGGUGAUAUUCAAUAAGCAGUCCGAGUCUCAUCCAGAAGCCAUGAUGCUCCGCUCGAUGACAUGUCACUCCAUAACAUGCUCUUAAUAAACCGUGGUUUUACUGGACAGACGUUUUAUGAUCUGAAUAAAUCUGUUUUCCCAGGGAAGGAAUUCUCUGCGUCUUUGACAGGCACAUAAAUUGCCUGUUCGUCAUUUGGAAGCAAGCGCGGUGAUAUAUGAUGGAGAUCUGCUUCAUGUCUCACGCAGUGCAGAAGCCUGCAUCGACAGCGAAAGUCUGUCCGGCGACACUAACUAUCAGAUCAGCGGUGGCUUCCUCAGAAGGAGCUGAUGUAAUCUGAGCUGAGUAGCAUACAGAAGCCAAAUCCGAGAAAGGAAGAAAUACAGAAGGUUCCCGCUUUAUUUAACACACGGCUCACUCCUCCCCCUCCGAACACUCUGAUUAGUUUGACAUUGGCGGUGUCCUCCGAUUUUGGAUCAACAUUUGCAACGAAAGUGACUUGAAUUAUUCAAAUUGGUGUUACAAAUUCUCCAAAAAGCAUGGAAAAUAAGUAUGGAUAAUAAGCCUGCCAUUUGUCGAGAUAGUUAAACAUAUUUGUUGGGUUUGUUGGGGGCGGAAAUGCAUUCUCCGGUGUUCCUGUUCAUCUAUCUCUACUUCUACUGUGUUUCUGGCUGUUGAUUUGAUUGAAUCACGUGUGUGUGCCAAUGUCUACUGAGUGUUGCCAAGGCUGUGCUGCACCAGCAGUGCGAAGAGGACUUUUUUUAUGGAAGUGAAAAAUAGGACCCAGGAAGACACCAGGAUAUGGGAUUUUCCGGGAAAAACUGGAGGGUUGACAGGUAUGGUACUUACGGUACACAGGUGGAAUCAGAGUUACAGCGUACAACUAUGGUGUGUUCAAGGACUAUACCGAACAAAGUGCGACGUCUCAUCACUCUGCGAAAAAACUUUAGACUUAAACCUAAAAAUUGUGGGCUUUUUAACACUGGUACAUGCAUGUUGUACUUUUUUACCUGCAUUAUCACAAAUGUAUCAUUUAUUACCCAUUUAGGGUGAAUGAGGUGGUUUUCAUGCAGGAAAAAUGCCUAUUUUUUAAGAAUUAAAACUUUUUUUUUUAACAAAAAUCUGCUAAUUUUCUGGGCCGUGAAAGCUGAAAGUGUGGUAUCUGCAGAAGCAUAGGAACUCUGGUAAAGCAAAACCUCAAUUAACUCAAACCAGAACAGACUUUUAACCAAGGCAAGUUUUCCCAUAGAAAAUAAUGUGAAUCCAAUUAAUCCGUUCCAGACACCCAAAGAUUUAAACACAAAACACUUUUUAUAGACAAUACUUAUAGGUUUACAUGCAGAAAAUGGUGCAAAAAUAAUUAAAAAUGAAUGGACAACUGAACAUUUAACAUCACUUUUACCUAGUUUUACAAGUUCUACAAGUUUUUUCUCGUAAAUUUACUUUACUCUUGAAAUCUCAGAUUGUUUUAAUACACCGUCAUAACAGCUGAGCCAGCUAUGAAAAGGGGGGGGGGGACUUACGUGACCUUUGGCCUUGGGCAAAGGCAAUAUUAUGACUUUUUUUUUCCUCUUUAAAUUUCCGACUUUUUUUUCUCGUAAAUUUACGACUUUAUUCUCAAAUCUUUUAAUCUUUUUUUUCAGUGUGGCUAAUACUCCGUCGUAGCUAAAGCCUUUUUAGCACACACAGUUUUACAUUAAAAAAAAAACAAUGCCACAAGCAUGACAUGAAAUGGAGAAACGAACAUUUGACAUCAUUUUACCUGUAGUCGGACAUUUGGGGUGCAGUGGUACACAAAAUUCACGGAUCGAUACGUUUGUUUUAGGGUUCGAUAUUUUUUUGAUACAAAAAAUACCUUGCCUUUUUUUUAAUUUGAAUUUUAUUGAAAUUGCCAACAUUUUUUACAUUUUUCAACAUUUUCAGCAUGGUAUGAAUUUUACCAAAAAUUUUUGGACGUUAACCGGAAAACGUGCUAACGGGGGCGGACGUUAACCGAGGUAGCACUGUACAUUGUUUUGGAGUCAUUAAGGCAGUGGUGUCCAAAGUGCGGCCUGGGGGCCAUUUACAGCCCACAACUGUCUUUUUCAUUGGCCCUCGGCACAUUCUCAAAAUAUGAUUAAGCAGAACAUUUUUAGGGCAAAAAUGAAAAAAAACCCCCAGCAAUUUUACAAGAAUAAAGAUUGAAUAUUAAGCAAGUAAAGUCAUAUUAAGCCAUAUUAAGACAAAAAAAAUCAAACUUAAAUUAUUAAAAGACUGAAAUAUGUAAUUUUUUUCAAAGUUGUAAUUUGACAAGCAAAAAGAGUUGCAAUUUUAGGAAAAUUAGGCGGGGUAAAAGUUAUGAUAAAUUAAAAAUUUGAGAAUAAAGACGUAAUACCAGAUUAAAGGUACUAGAAGAAAGUUGAAAUGUGUAAAAACAAAAAAACAAUUUAAACUGUCUAAAAAUGAUUGAACAAAGAAAAAAAAAAGUAAUUUUACAAGAAUAAAGAGGAAUUUAUUCGACAAGUAAAGUCAUAAGAAGAAAAAAAUAGCAUAAAGUUGAAAUAUGUAAAAAAAAUAAAAAUAAAUUAAAAGCCGAGGAAACAGAAAAAGCUACAAGAAAGUUGAAAUUUUGUAAAAAAAAAACUUUGCUUUGUUAUGUCAUAAAUCAUCUUUGCAUAGCUACAUGGGUGGGUUUAAAAUAUUUUAAAGCAUCUUCAUUUUUCAGUAUGCGGCCCUCAGUGGAAGAAGCAUUACUGGCUGACUGGGUGCAAUUAUGUUUUGCAACAAUGCACGGCAAUUAGCUAGAAACGCAUUCAAACCUUUCCAACGGCAGAACACAUUUGACUUGAUUGCGUUAAGGAAAAGAUUUGUCACACGCUUUCCAGAACAAAAGACAUCUUUAAUUCUCUUUUCAUACAAAAUAUUUAAUAAAUACAACUUUCAAAAAAAUAUAUUGCCAGAUCAACACAUUGUUCUCAGGUUCAUAACAGGUCAAAAAUGUUGCUGUGAUCUCAAAAGGGUUAACAAAUGAGAUAAAGCAUGUUUGUCUUUUAAGAGCCUCAUUAAAAGAAGAAAUGUGCACAAAAAGGAUGCAGACUUUUGUCGAGGGAGGCAGUGUAUUUAUUGUGGUUCUACAGUGUUCCCAUCGCCAAACUGCUCUUCAAGUACUCAGUCUAGCUUAUGAUAUCACGCUGACCAAUGCGGAUGGGAAUCAAUCAAUCGUUUGUCUGAGUCAUGUGACCUGCCUUGGUGGAUCUCGACAGCCUUUGAGAUGUGUCAGUAAAACUUAAGGCUGCUUUAGGACUUUUUUUUUGUUUUGUUCCCUUACUUGUUUACUGUCUGAUGGCAAGCAAUAUGUCUGCCACCGUGUCCAUCCCUCACAGCAAGCAGCCAUUAUUUAGCCUGACUUGCCUUCAGUCAAGGUCCUGGCAACACAUAAAUGAAAUUUCAAAUGUGUUUUAAAAAUAACUAAAAAAAACAGUCUCAGGCCAAAGUGCCCUUUCUUUGUCUUCUUUGAAAUUGUGAAAUUUGGCUUUAUAGAACACAACGGAGGGCAAAAAAAAAAAAAAAAAAAAAGUCAUUGAAAGAAAUGGUAAGCUUCCACAGCCAUCAAAACCUUCAAACGAGACAGAACAUAUAAAUAAAAAGGAAUGAUAUCUUAAGGCUCUUGAUUAUUAAAUUAAUAAAUCAAAUAUACACAAUGAUUAAUAAAAAAAAAUGUACAUAUCUACAUGUUCUAAAUCGACAUAAAUUCUUCAUAUUGGCAGCAAUCGCUGACAUUGAACCCCUCCCGCCCCCCUUUCCAUCUCCCGCCCUCCCCCCCCAAAAAUAAAUAAUAAAGUUGAUCUUUUUUCUUCUUUUUUUUGUGUGUGUUCCUCAUGUGACAGUGGCUGAAGUCUAAAGCUGAAAAAGGCACUUUCUCCAAAAACGGGCAACUAGAAAGAAUGGAAAGACCACACACACUAAAAAUGAUUAGCUCUAGUGCUGAACACAACAGGGUUGUUUUAGUCAUUGAACAACAAUUACACCAGGAGCCCAUUCCAUGUGUCCACUAAAUGCAACGGAUAGAGGAGGAAGAAAGGGGCGGGGCUUGGCGGGACUGAAAUGUAGUGGAGUCAACGUAACGCUCUACAGUGAAAUGUAUACCAGUGCCUUGUGUUUCCAGCCAACCAAAGCAACCAUCACUGCCAGUGUAAGCCAGCUUGUCAAAACUUAAAUUAACACAGGGAAUAUAUGAAAAUACUGCGGGGUCACGACUGACACGACAGUUUACGCAAAAGGCAUGCCGAAGCUCCCCUGGUUCACCCACCACCGGGGUGUGAAGGCGUUUAAGGCUCGGUUGCACAGCAACACAGCUGUCCGCUAUACUAUGUAGUCCAUCCUGUUUAUGCUGUUUGCCGUCUCCAAGUCUCUGUUGUCCUGUUUAUUAGUCCAGUUUGGGUGUUUGCUGGACGUGGAGUUGGGGCUGGAGAUGGGCGUCUUCUCGUCCCGCUCCACUAGCGUGUACGCCGGCUGCUUGGCAAAGCGGCCCUUCUGGAGGUGCCUCUCCUUGUCGUCCUCAUCCCCCUCGGGGUGAUUUGUCCUUAUUUUGGCAAUGAUGGAGUUCUUGUUUUCGUAGUCUUUGAUGGCCACCGAGAGGCCCACGUGCUUCUCGAUGGGGUUCUUGAUCUGGUUCAGCUGCUCCCGCACGUUGUUGGUGGUGUUGUCCUCGGAGCCGGCGGCCGACGCGCCGCCCGGGUUGCUUUGUUUCCGCCGGCGACGCAUGCACCACAGCAAGAUGGAUACCAGCAGGAGGACCCAG